AUGAGCGAAUAUGCCGAACAACGAAAUGAGAACGAUAAUCUGAAUUAUCAAACGAAGGAACGAAUGAACGAUGACUACGAAAAAGGAGUAAAUAUUCCUUAUGAACAUGAACAGUACAGGGAUAAAUCCAGAAAGGAAGACUGUAGUGAAAGAAGCAGAGAAGAAAACGUGUGUGAAGCAUUUCACACUGUACAAGAAAAUUUCGAAAUAAAAUAUAACAAAGCAGAGGAUUAUCAUCGUAAAAGUGAAUACAGUCAUACGUUUCGUGGAAAUGGAGGGGUAAGAGAGCAUACUCCUGCUAAAGGUAGUGGUAGUGGUAAUGGUAGUGAUAAUGAUAAUGGUAGUGGUAAUGAUAAUGGUAAUGGUAGUGGUAGUGAUAAUGAUAAUGGUAAUGGUAAUGGUAGUGGUAGUGAUAAUGAUAAUGGUAAUGAUAAUGGUAAUGGUAAUGGUAGUGGUAGUGAUAAUGAUAAUGGUAAUGAUAAUGGUAAUGGUAAUGGUAAUGGUAAUGGUAGUGGUAGUGGUAGUGGUAGUAGUGGUAGUGGUAGUGGUAGUGGUAGUGGUAGUGGUAGUGGUAGUGGUAAUGGUAGUGGUAGUGGUAGUGGUAGUGGUAGUGGUAGUGGUAGUGGUAAUGGUAGUGGUAGUGGUAGUGGUAAUGGUAGUGGUAGUGGUAGUAGCAGUAGUAGUGACAGUGGUAGUGACGGCGGGGUAGGUGCAAAAUACUUGAGUAAUCCAAUCAUAACAGGAAAAAGAAGUAGAAAUGUACAAGGGUUUACAAAAAAAGAGAGAUCGGCCAAUGAUGAUCCAUCUGACAAGUCAGGAAAAAGCACCCCCAAAAAUAGGGGCAAUUCAAAUGGUAUAAAAAAAAAAAUGAAAAAAAAAAAUGAAGAAAGGAGAUCUACUAAUGAGAAUUUGCCCACUAAAGUAGCAUCAGUAGAUUCUUCAUACAAAAGUGAAAAUUCUGCCCCUCUCUUUACCAAAGGGGAGAAGAAAAAAAAUAGAAAAAUCAACAAAAAGAUAAAGGAUAAUUUAAAAAAACUCAAUGAAGUUUGUUCUAAUGACGAAGAGUAUGUAAGUAGUGACCCUUUCCUACUAAGUAAACUUGAUAAGAUGUAUGAACGUAAAUUAAAGACAUAUGAAAAUAGCGAUAUUGGUAUGAAAAGAAGCAGAAGGGGAAAAAAAGCCAAAACGAAGAGCUACGUUAUACAUAAUAAAAAGAGUAGUAAGGGAGGAAAUCAGAGAAACCAGGGCAAUCAUCAUGAUGAACAACACAAAAAGGGGUACACACAAGAGUACACAAAGAGACACACUAAGCGGUACAACAAGUAUGAUCAUCCUAGUAAUGCACAGCAAGAGGAGCAAGAAGAAUCCAAGUCGAACAGAGUGUCUUCCUUAAAAAGAUACCUCCUAGAGCGAAACGAAAUACAGAAAAUGAAAAAAAACAAAUACUACGCACAAGAUGAAACAGAAUCAUGUGGGUGCAAUGCGGACAAGUACCCCCAAGUAAAAUUUUUGUGUCAAGCUAAGAGUUAUGAUUUAAAUGAAUUGAGUAAAGUAUUUAUUUCUAAAAAAGUAAAAUUUAUUUUUUUUGAUAAUAAUAAUAUAUUAUGUGUUUUUUUAAGUCCAGAAAAAUGUACAAAAAGUUUUUAUAGUUUUGAGGAUAUAUAUAAUAUGGAUAAUUUAAAUCUAAAAAAGAAUGUUACGUGUACUGAUUCUAAUUACAUAUUUUUUAUUUUUAAAAAUGGAUCUGUUGUUUUAUGGGAGUCUUUUAAAAAUUACCGAAGAAAUGAUUACUUUAUAAAUAAAGUUAUCAUCUUUUUAAAUUCCUUUUCUGAUGAACUCUUACCUGUAUAUGUCGUUCAACUAGAUACCAUGUACUACUGUGAGUUCAUGCAAAGAGAGGAAGAAGCAAAUGAUACAGCCACAGGGGAUGGCAUAGACAUGUUGAAGGGAGAAAACCUUGUGGAGGGGGUAAGCACUCUAGGGGAUAGAGAAGAACUUGUGCUAAAUGGCGAUAAUGAGGAGGAUAAUUAUGACAAUGGUGAGGGUAAUGACAAUGGUGAGGGUAAUGACAAUGGUGAGGGUAAUGACAAUGGUAAGGGUAAUGACAACGACCAGGAUAAUGAAAACGAUAAAGAUAAUGAAAACGAUAAGGAUAAUGACAAUGUUGACGAAGGAGAGGGGAGGAAAUAUAAUGCAAAAAAUUUAAAAAAAAAAAAGAAAAAAAUUUUCGUCAACAACGGAGUAAUAUACUUAACCAAUGAUUCGUUGGAACAAAAAUUAACUGUGUCGUUUGCCCUAUCUCAGUCAAUCAGGUUGGACGUUCAUGAAAUGCUCAUGGAUAUUGCAAUCAACACUUUGUUUAACAUAUCAAAAGAAAUAGCAUUAAAAGGGAAAUGCAUUGUCUCCAAAAAAAAAAUUUCCAGUAUGGUAGACGUUUACUCUAGUAUCAUUAACGUCAAUGCUGUUCAAGACUUUUUAGAUAUUCCCGAAUAUUUUUGGAAUAAAGUUCAGUAUGAACACAUUUGGUUCGAGGUGUACAAAUACAUGGAAAUAUCCGAGAGAAUAAAAAUAUUAAACAAGAGGUACAAUUAUUAUAAGGAUUUUUUAAAUGUUAUAAAAAAGGAGGUGUACAACAGAAAAACUUUUUACACAUACAGAAUUGUGGUCUUUUUGUUGUUUAUACACGUAUUAGCAUUAAUCCUGAACGACUACUUUUUUGUGAAAUGA